AUGGAUUUUAAGCUUUCUAAAAAAGAAAUAGUGGACCCCACCUACUUAUGGAUUGGGCCUAAUGAAAAGACGUUAACAGGAAAUAAUAGAAUAAAUAUAACUAAAACUGGACAGCUGAUGGUGAAAGAUUUUUUGGAGCCUUUGUCUGGACUUUACACAUGUACUCUUUCUUAUAAGACUGUUAAAGCAGAAACCCAAGAAGAAAAGACAGUCAAAAAGAGAUAUGAUUUUAUGGUCUUUGCCUAUCGGGAACCUGAUUAUUCAUAUCAGAUGGCUGUACGUUUUACCACAAAGUCUUGCAUAGGGAGAUACAAUGAUGUGUUCUUUAGAGUGCUGAAGAAAAUCUUGGAUAAUCUAAUGUCUGAUUUGUCAUGCCAUGUCAUAGAGCCAUCAUAUAAAUGCCAUUCUGUUGAAAUUCCAGAACAUGGCCUCAUACAUGAGCUAUUUAUAGCAUUUCAAGUUAAUCCUUUUGCACCAGGGUGGAAAGGUGCUUGCAAUGGGUCUGUUGACUGUGAAGAUAUCACUAAUCGUAAUAUCCUCCAGGCAAGAGAUCGAAUAGAAGAAUUUUUUUGGAGCCAAGCAUAUAUUUUCCACCAUAACUUUAAUACAACUCUACCAGCAAUGCAUUUUGUGGACCACAGUUUGCAAGUAGUACGUCUGGAUAGCUGUCGACCAGGCUUUGGAAAAGAUGAAAGUCUACACAGUAAUUGCGCUAGCUGUUGUGUGGUUUGUAGUCCUGCGACUUUUAGUCCUGAUGUUGAUGUAACUUGUCAGACCUGCGUUUCUGUCCUUAUCUACGGAGCUAAAUCUUGCCCAUAA